UCAGAACUGUGAGGCAAAGCUUUACCAGUUGAGGCACCAUGGCGCCGUCCUUAAUCAUUCAUCCACAAGAAAAUCAUAACCAGUUUUUGAUCAAAGGAUUUUUUUUUCAUCAAAUACAAGCAUAAUGCUAUUUCCUCCAUUGAGCCACUGCCAGCCAGGCGUCUGUGCGCACCCAGCAGCCCAGGAGGCUCCGACUCUCUCCGGCCUUCAAUCAGCAUCAUCGGCCGGCCCCCUCCCUCCCCGGUGCUCACGAACAAGCCCGGCAGCAGCAGCAGCAGCAGCAAGAAACCCCGGCUGGAUGAGACACGGUCUCCGGGGUCGGUCGACACCCACCGGUACCAGUGACACCGCCACCGCCAAGCACCGAGCAUGGCUUUGAAGAUUGUCAAAGGGAGCAUCGAUCGGAUGUUCGAUAAAAACCUUCAGGAUUUAGUACGUGGCAUCAGGAACCACAAGGAAGAUGAGGCCAAGUACAUCUCCACUUGCAUCGACGAGAUCAAACAGGAGCUCAAACAGGACAACAUCGCCGUCAAAGCCAAUGCUGUGUGCAAGCUCACCUAUCUUCAGAUGCUGGGCUAUGAUGUCAGCUGGGCCGCGUUCAACAUCGUUGAAGUCAUGAGCUCCUCCAAGUUCACUUACAAGAGGAUCGGCUACUUGGCAGCCUCCCAGUGCUUUCACGAGAGCACCGAUGUCAUCAUGCUGACGACUAAUCAGAUUCGAAAGGAUCUCAGCAGUCCCAACCAGUAUGAUACAGGUGUUGCACUCACGGGUCUCUCUUGCUUUGUCACCCCUGACCUGGCCCGGGACCUGGCCAAUGACAUCAUGACACUGAUGUCUCACACUAAACCCUACAUCAGGAAGAAAGCAGUGCUGAUCAUGUAUAAGGUGUUUCUGAAGUACCCAGAGUCUCUUCGCCCUGCUUUCCCCAGGCUGAAGGAGAAACUUGAAGACCCAGAUCCAGGUGUUCAGUCAGCUGCGGUCAAUGUAAUCUGCGAGCUGGCCCGCAGGAAUCCCAAAAACUACCUAUCGCUGGCACCACUCUUCUUCAAGCUCAUGACUUCCUCCACUAACAAUUGGGUUCUCAUUAAGAUCAUUAAGUUGUUUGGUGCGCUGACUCCUUUGGAGCCCCGCUUGGGCAAGAAGCUGAUUGAACCUCUCACAAAUCUUAUUCACAGUACAUCUGCCAUGUCUUUGCUGUACGAGUGUGUGAACACGGUUAUUGCAGUGUUGAUUUCUUUGUCGUCUGGGAUGCCCAACCACAGUGCUAGUAUCCAGCUCUGUGUCCAGAAGCUGCGAAUCCUGAUUGAAGACUCUGACCAGAACUUGAAGUACCUGGGCCUCUUGGCCAUGUCCAAAAUCCUGAAGACCCACCCCAAGUCAGUGCAAAGCCACAAGGACCUCAUCCUGCAGUGCUUGGAUGAUAAGGAUGAGUCCAUCCGUCUUAGAGCUUUGGACCUACUUUACGGGAUGGUAUCCAAAAAGAACCUGAUGGAGAUUGUGAAGAAACUGAUGCUACAUGUGGACAAAGCGGAGGGAACUACGUACAGGGAUGAACUGCUCACCAAGAUCAUUGACAUCUGCAGCCAAAGCAACUACCAGUACAUCACUAACUUUGAAUGGUACAUCAGUAUUCUAGUAGAGCUGACCCGAUUAGAGGGCACGCGGCAUGGUCACCUCAUUGCCUCUCAGAUGCUCGAUGUUGCUAUUCGGGUUAAGGCCAUCCGGGUAUUCGCCGUGGCCCAGAUGGCCACGCUGCUGGACAACGCCCACCUGUUAACUGGCAACAUGCAGAGAAAUGGCAUCUGUGAAGUUCUUUAUGCGGCAGCGUGGAUCUGCGGCGAGUUCUCAGAACAUCUGGAGAACCCGUUGCAGACACUAGAAGCCAUGCUGCGGCCAAAGGUGGCCACCUUGCCGGGCCACAUCCAGGCUGUGUACGUGCAGAACGCUGCAAAGCUGUUUGCCACUGUGUUGCAGAGCCAAAAAGACAACACAGACAGUACAACUGCGCAAGAAACCAGCCAGCUAAUGAUAGAGCGUCUGCCGCUUUUUGUCCAGAGCGCCAACCUGGAAGUCCAAGAGAGGGCAUCUUGCAUCCUGCAGCUGGUGAAAUAUAUCCAGAAAUUGCAGCAGAAGGAUGUAGAAGUAGCUGAGGAGGUGAUUGCUCUAUUUGCCGGAGAACUCAACCCUGUAGCCCCCAAGGCACAGAAGAAAGUACCUGUCCCUGAGGGUCUGGACCUGGAUGCCUGGAUCAACGAGCCUCCAUCUGAGAGCGAGUCUGAAGAUGAGCAACCCAAGGCUAUUUUUACUAAGGAGGAGCCCAAACAUUCCCGGCCUAGACACACUGAGGUGGAUGAGAAGGAGCUGGCGAGGAGAAGAGAAGCCAGGAAACAAGAGCAAGCCAACAACCCAUUUUACAUCAAGGCCUCACCAUCCUCUCAGAAGGUAUACCAGGACACCCCUGGAGUGGAGCACAUCCCAGUCGUUCAGAUUGAUCUAAGUGUGCCUCUUAAAGUGCCAGGCCUGCCUAUGUCCGACCAGUACGUGAAGCUGGAGGAAGAGCGUCGGCAGAAGGAGAGAGCCGACAAGAAGAAGAAGGAGAAGAAAAAAAAGAAAGAAAAGCGCAGUGGACGAGGGAAGAAACAUGAUUCGGGUCCAGAGAGUGAGGAAGACAUCACACCGGCGCACAUGGUCGACAUCGUCACAGAGGAGAUGCCAGAGAAUGCCCUUCCCAGUGAUGAGGAUGACAAAGAUCCUAAUGACCCUCACAAAGCCCUGGACAUCGACCUGGACAAGCCUCUUGCUGACAGCGAGAAGUUACCAGUCAGGUCCCACCGCCUAACAGAAGGUCCGAAAAGCCCAGACAGAGAUCUGGAAACCACCUCGCAGGAAGCCAAGAAGAGGAGCAGCAAAGAGAAGAAGGAGAAGAAGAAAGAUAAAGAGAGGGAUAGGAAGAAGGGCAAAGAAGAGAAAAAGAAGAAAAAACACAAGCAUGAAGAUAAGAGCGUGGAUCUUCUUGGCAAUCAGUCAGAUGGGCUUGUUGUCCAAUCGGAGGGACCCAGUGAGGUGGUGGCUCCUCCCACUUCUACCACUGCUGAAGUUUCGGAUUUGGAUUUUUGGCUCUCAAAUGCUCCAGUGCCCGCUAAUGCCCAGGAAGCAAUAACGGUAGCAGCAGAACCAGCAACGGUAAGCGAGGUAGCUUCUGGCACGACGCCGAACUCUGAUCUCGACGAGGCCAGAGACGUGGAGGCGGAGGAGUCUAAGUCAUCCAAACACAAGAAGAAGAAGCAGAGAAAGGAGAAGGAAGAGAAGGACAAGAAAAAGAAAAAGAAGCACCAUCACCACAACAGUGAUGCAGGCGUAGAGGGUUCUGUGCAGAACGGCACAGUAGAGGAUGAAGAACCUCUACCGCCCAUGUCCAAUUACUGCGUCCUAGCAGAGAACUCCUACAUCAAGAUGAUGAUGGAAGAUUCCGAUCAGGUGUAUGAUAUCCAGGGAAACCUACAAGAUGGAAGCCAGGUGGUGGUGUCGGUCAUCUUUGAGAACAAGUGUGACAGCUUCCUAAAAUCCAUGGAGUUCAAUGUGCUAGACUCUCUCAACUCCAAGCUGCAGAGGCCGGAGGGAUCAAGUGCGCACGACGGCCUAACCGUUCCCUUCCAGCUCCCACCGGGGGUGUCCAAUGAAGCGCGUUUUGUGUUCACCGUGCAAAGCAUUGUGAUGCCACAAAAACUGAAGGGAACACUCACUUUCAUUGUCAAGAAUGAAGACUCCUCAACUCAUGAGAAACUGGACUUCAAACUGCACUUUACUUGUACCUCUUACCUAAUUACCACUCCAUGCUACAGUGACGCAUUUGCAAAGCUGUUGGAAUCUGGGGACCUGAAGGGCAGCUCUGUCAAAUUGGAAGGAGUCAACAUGCCCUUCCACCACCUUCUGGCCAGAAUUUGCUUCCACCACCAUUUUUCUGUUGUGGAGAGAGUCGACUCCUGCGCCUCCAUGUACAGCAGGUCAAUCCAGGGUCACCAUGUUUGUCUGCUCGUCAAAACGUCUGACCAGACUGUGUCCAUCGACGCCAAAUGCGACGAGCCCGGGCUGCUAGGGAACGUGCUGGAUGAGAUCAAGCUGACCUUCUCUCAGUGCUGAUUGUGUCCAGGGUAUCCCAACGUCCUCCUCCUUCCCUUCCUCACGCCUCACUUAAAACACCAUGAAAACGUUAUAAACACUGCGGCUGGCACCAUCGCUCUAUUUAUUCAUCCUCCCUCCUUCCUCUUCUGCGCCUUUUCCUCUUCUGUCGGGCUCCAGUCUUGAGAACACCUUUUUGUUUUCCAGACUCGCCGUGUACUUUCACCGUCUUCUACUGCAAUGCACUUUUCCAUUUCCUUCUCCACUGAGCUCCUGGAUGUCCUCCUUCCUCCUCUUUCCCCUCCACUGUCAAUCUCUGACAGUCAUGUGACGUAAUGUUGACAACUGGACUUUUGCUGUUGGUUAAAUUGCGUUUUUACUGUUUUUGAACAAUUUCGUCAUUGGUGUUUUUUUUUUUUUUUUCUGUCUGAACGCCUGUUUGCGCCUUCUAUUUGUGUCUGUGUGUGUCUAAACAUCUGGCUGCUGUUUCGGCCUGGAACCAUGUGACUGUCUCUUUCUGAAAAUGAAAACAGAGGGACUUAUACCCCCUGCCUGGUCUCCUCUGACCCUAGUACCUCCAUUAGUUCAGACACAGAAGGGACUGACAUAACUCAUAGAAAUUAGUGCGAUUGGACUUUUGGAGGAAAUUUCAGGAUUAACCUGAAAUGCAAUAUUUCCUUUUGAACUUAAUUAUGCCUUUUUUUUUUUUUUAACGUAUUUGAAUGUCCUACUAAUCAAUGUUCAUAUAAAUGUACCUUUUGCAGAACGUUCUCUAACAAGGAGGUGAAUGGCAAAAUUCACAACUGAAAUCUUGAGCAGUUGGACGUUUCAGGUUAGGUUGAAUUCAGUUUACCUGUGAAGGUUAUAAUGCAUUUUAGGUUCGUCUUGAAAUUUCAUCCAAAAGGCCAAUAUCCACCCUUUUUUUUUUUUUUAAGAGUAGCAUAUGAAGCACGGUUGUUCCAAUCACAGAAAAACCUCAGGAUGCAGGAUCACUCUUGGCCUGCCUCCUUUUGCCUAAUGCAAGAAUCUGUGAACCUUUGUCAAAAAAUAACAAUGAUAAGUGGAAAAAUAGGACCAAAAUGGAGAGACACUUCAACACAUGAACAAGACGUCACAAAACAGACCCACAAAUUUGUAAUCACUGUUACACUCAUUUCUGUGUUUCCUCAAAUAGUGACUGUGUUGGACACUUUAAACAACACUUAAAACUGAUUCCCAGUUUAGGAGUAAUAUUUUCAUCUCAUCUAAUAUUAUUACUCUUAAAAAUAAAAGAUGGUCCAAAAAAAUCCAUCACAAAUGCAUGUGCACAUGCAGGGAUGACUCUCAUAACCACGCAUGCUAAACUCACCUCCUCACUAAAAUUUGUCUCUCAGCUGGAUCAAUUCCACAUAGUUCAGUCAUACUAAUGGGCCACUAGAUGUGGCCAAAAUCCCCUCUACUUUUUGACGGCCUUGGCCAUCUUGGGCGUUUAGAGUUCAAAAUUAAAUCUGCGAUGUGCAUACUGCGUGUAGUCAAAGGAAUAGUAUAAAUGCAUUUGAGAUUCCUACGGUGCCAAUGGUGCCUGAAAGGCAUUCGUGAUUCAUAAUUACUACAGGCCACCUUAUUUUCCAAAUGUAUCACUACAAAUUUAUGGUAUUAGGCACCACAGCCUAUGUCCUGUUCCGGGCCUGAGUUGGUUUUCCAUUUACGUCACACCAGGCCAAACCGGUUUCAGCCUAACUCUCCGAAGUAGCAAUCAAAAGACUAACCGUCUUAUAAUGGUUUUGUGUGUCUGUCCGCCAUUCCGAAAACUUUUUCUCACACGUCUGACUUCAUGUGUUGGUCGGCUAUAAAUUGCAAGAAUGUCCAUUGAAAAUGUUUACCUGUUCCUGACAAUGACUUAUCAGUGGGGCAUCUCCCUCAAUUGAUUGUCACCUAUCUCUGAUCAUUAUAUUGUUGAAUUACAAUUUGUAUAUUGCAUGAUUUAGGAAUGUACACUUUUUAUUAACAUUUGUUUUCUUCCAUGGACAUUUUCAUCUGUCAUUGUUUUGUCCUGUUAUUUCUCUAUGUAGUUUUUUUUUCAAGAAGUAUACUUGGACCAUGAUGUUUUUGUCUUUUUUUUCCCCCUUUCUUUUUAAGUCUGGGGGAGUGGUCGAGGGUGUGAAUUAUUAAAACGAGGAGCGGAGGAAGCGUGAGUUUUAAUAGAAAUCAGGAUGCUGAGGGGAUUGGGGGCUCUCAUUUAUGAACAGGUCAUGUGACGCAGCGUACCGGGGAACAACCCAUCUCAAUUCUUAUUUAGUUCGGCCGGAGUGUUCUUUUUAUAACGUAUGAUUUUGGCUCGUAACAUUGGAAGUAUACUCUCCACAUCGCAGAUUUCCAAAGGUACCGUCUUCUUGUUUCUCCAUAGUGUACAAUAUCAUGCGUUUCAAAAGGGGGACAUGAAUUAUUUUCAUUCCCUGUAAAGAUUACCCUACUUAAAAGUGAAAAUAAAAGCUAUAAGAUACUA